AUGGAUGCAUCUACGGGACCUGGAGUGGCGCUGACCAUAAACCUGUCUGCGGACGGGUUAUAUGCUGCCCAGAUCAAUGGGAAGGAUUUGGUCGUAUACAACGAUUUGACUUCAGCAAACCGAGACGCACAAGUCUGCCGCCUCAAGGAGAAUGGUGUCAAAUAUAUCAAAUUCAGCCAAAGAUGCGUUUCAAUGCCAGCAACCAAUAAUGGGCAAACCCGAUUUCUGCUCACUGCCAAUGACUCUCGCAUCACAGCGUGGCAGCUGAAUCCGCUACAAGUCCUUGGGGAAAUUGAGAAUUUGGAGCCUGGAACUCUAGCGGUUGAUUUUGGCAAAAGUGGUCAAGAAAUCCUGGUGUUCCAUGCUUGGAAUACGAAACUGACGAUUCACUCUCUUGAAACGGGUCAAAGCUCGGUGAUCAAAUCGCCCAAAUCUGCAAGUCAUCUUGGAUUUGGCUAUCGUCCAGUGACCAGGCACCUCGCCAUUCUGCUGAAGCAUGACAUGUCGGAUCUGUUGACCAUCCAUGAACCACGGUCUCACGAGCUGCUGGGACGGGUCACUUUGUCUACUGUUGAUGCACAAGGACUGAAAUGGAGCCCUGACGGAAAUUGGAUCGCCGUAUGGGAUGCAGCGAUGGCAGGUACGAGAGUGCUCAUUCUUACGGCGGAUGGACAAAUCUACAGGACGUAUCACGGAUCGCCGGACGAUGAUGAUCCCUUCGAUCUGGGAGUCAGGCAUAUCGAGUGGGCACCGUCAGAGGGUGCCGGAGAGGCGUCAAGGUUCCUUGCCGUGGGCAAGGUCAACGGUAGCAUUGACCUUUUGGGCACUCGAACAUUUUCGCUAUCGACCACAUUAUCACACAUCUUUGCCGCUGACACGCAAACAUCCCUUUUUUGGCGAGAGCGUUUCACUAGCGCCAUGGGUGACGGAGAUUAUACAGAAACCUCAAGUUCAUCCGCGGCCAACAUGAGUCCCGAAUCUCCAUCAUCGGCCCGGGGCGUAUCAAUCAUGACCUUUAGCUCUGACGGAGGGCAUCUUGCGACUGUCGAUUCAACGCGAUCAAAUGUCGUUUGGAUCUGGGCGAUGAAUCCAACACCACAACUGACUUCAGUCCUGGUGCAUGAACAACCAGUACGACAGCUCCUUUGGCAUCCAGCUACGCCGCAGCUCUUGAUCAACACUAUCACCACAUCGUUGCCAUCAAUUCGAUGGUGGUCACCCAACACUCGACCCGUCAUUGCUCGAGUCCCUACCCACAAGAGCGAGUCGGGCAAGUAUGAUGUGAAGUGGCUUGCAGAAUCCGAGCCGGACUCGGCAUUUUGGUUUGGAUCUACAGAGGAAUAUGUCGUGGGAUAUCUGUCUGCUGAGGACGGGCCGUCGGUGAAAUUCGAAGUCAUCACUUCCGUUACCAGUCAAGGCUAUGGAAAGCCUGAGGGCUGUGUAACGAGUAGUUAG